AUGCACCAGGGUAGCGGCAGAAGCCCAAAUGACGACCAAGCCAACGCGGAAGCUAACCGCACGAAGGUCCUAUCGCUGAAGAGCCUGUACGGCAGGCUGCACCGAACGAGCGAGCUGCUGCUGCAGGAGGGGAAGCGGCAUGAUGAUAAGCGGCAGGAGGGUAAGCGGCAUGAUGAUAAGCGGCAGGAGGGUAAGCGGCAGGAGGAGGGUGAGCAGGGUGAGCUUAUAACCGCUGAGGACCAUCGGGAGGGCUUCCACUCCGAGGAGGCCUCUCCCCUCGGUGGGAAACUGGGCCUCCGCUCCAGUCGCAGGGAGACGCAGCAAAAAAGGCGCCCCAGACAAACACACGGGGUAAAAGGAACCCGGGGGAAUGCAAACGAUAUUAGAAGGUAUUUUACGCAAGAGGGAAGGAGCGGGUCGGUGAGGGAGACGCCUAAUGGGGGUUCUUUCCAGGCGAGUGGCGAGUCAGACGUGGAGGCGCAAAGAAAGACCCGUUUGAGGGAUAGGGCCGCGAAGCAGCGCGGUGAUCAGUGUGGUGAUCACAUCGACGAUAAAGCGGAUCACCAAGUGGAUGCCCAACCGGAUGAGCAAAGCGACGCGCUGGGUGACCGACUCGCUCUCCCCCAAGUGUGCAUCCACAACGAUCAGCCGCUUAACCUUGCCUUGAAAGGGGGCUCGCUUAGGGGCAUCCCCAGAAAAGGCGAAGCUCAGCGGGAACCGAGUGGAAGCAGCUAUAGAAGCGGCCUCUGGAGGGAGAGCGGCAACCGGGAGAGCGGCAACGGGGAGGGGAAGCACCCGCUGGGUGAAGGCAAAGGAACAAAGUACAACGCGGUAAAGGGGGAAGAAGAAAAGGCCACCUUCCAACAUUGUACCCUUGAAGAGAUAAGAAAGAGUCUCAGUAAGAACGAACCAGACACGCUUAAGAUUUUACUUUGCACGGACAACCACUUAGGCUACAAAGAAAACAACGCCGUGCAAAAGGAGGAUACCUUUAACUCGUUUGAAGAAAUCCUUUUCGUUGCGAAGCACCUUAAUGUAGAUUUGAUUCUUAAUAGUGGUGACCUCUUUCAUAAGAAUAAAAUUUCUGAGUACACUCUCUUUAAGUCCAUGGCGAUUAUUAGGAGGUACUGUCAUAAGGUGAGAGGUUAUGAGGAGGCUGAGGGGGGGGCGUCUCCCGAUGCCGCUCCCCCAGCGAGGGGCACACAUCCUCGGAGGGUGCUCCUGAAGGAGGUGCACAGCUCCGAUUAUAAGUGGUACGGGGGGGACGAGCAGGUCCACCUGGGUGGGGGGAGCACCCACAGUGAGGGGAGCCAUAUUGGUGAUGGAAGCCAUAUCGGUGAUGGAAGCCAUAGUGAGGGGAGCACCCACAGUGGGGAGAGAAUCCAUGGUGAUAGACGCCCCCACAGUGGGGAGAGAAUCCAUGGUGAUAGACGCCCCCACAGUGGGGAGAGAAUCCAUGGUGAUAGACGCCCCCACAGUGGGGAGAGAAUCCAUGGUGAUAGACGCCCCCACAGUGGGGAGAGAAUCCAUGGUGAUAGACGCCCCCACAGUGGGGAGAGAAUCCAUGGUGAUAGACGCCCCCACAGUGGGGAGAGAAGCCGCUGUGAGGGGCGCCCCGUGAGGGAGAAGGUCGAAACGGCCAUCCCGCUCUUCACGAUGCACGGGAACCACGACUACCCCUACAGCUGCGACUACAUCAGCCCGCUGGACAUCCUGCACGUGGGCAACCUCAUUAACUACAUUGGGAAAAGCAGCCUCGAUAGAAUCGUUAUAAAGCCGGUUCUGCUAAACAAGGAAGAGACAAAGAUAGCCAUUUAUGCCAUCGGGUGGAUCAAAGACGAGCGUCUGCACAGAGCAUUCGAAGAGAAGAAAGUCAAAUUCAUGCUGCCAAGUGAUCAUGCCUGUAGAAUCAAUGUCCUUGUGCUUCAUCAAAACAGACACAUGAGAUGUGCACACGGAAAUGACUUCAAAAAUUUUAUUAAAGAAUCUUUCAUCCCUAGUUUUGUAGAUUUGGUUAUAUGGGGACAUGAGCACUUUUCUAAGCCCUACCUGGAGGAGAGCUCAUUCUGCUCCUUCUUCUCCCUGCAGUUGGGGUCGUCUGUGCGGACGUCCUUGUGUACCAAUGAGUACGGGGAUAAACACAUCGGGCUGCUCGAAAUUAGGAAGGGGCGGUUUCGGUUUUUGAAGAUCCAGCUGGAAACCGUGAGGCCCUUCGAGCUGAAGGAGGUCAGGCUGGCCAGUUACAAUUUGAACUUUAGCGAGGAGUCCGUGCUGAAGCGGUUUUUGCACGAGCAGGUGGACGCCAUUCUGGAGGGCUUUCAGCUGAGCCUGCGCGAGCAGGUGAAGCGGUACUACUUGUUCAGGCGCGCCUUCCUGAGGAAGGGGCACAUGGGGGGAAGCGGUCCGGGGAAGGACCACCCAGGGGAAGACCACACAGAGGGAGACGAUGCGGGGGAAGACGCUGCGAGGGAAGACUCUGCUGGGGAAGACGCUGUGGAGAAGAACGACCCUGCGGGGGAAGACGCUGUGGAGAAGAACGACCCUGCGGGGGAAGACGCUGCGGAUACAAACAACACCGGGGGGGACGACCCGCUGCGCGGCCCCGCCCUGCCCCGCGACGUCUUCACCAAAAGGGAGCGCCUGGACGAGUACUUCGACGCGGUCGUGUCCGAGCGGGAGGUGACCCACUUCCUGAGCAGCCUGCAGGAGGAGGCGUUCUACUCCUCCACCUUCAUCCACGUCGCCUUCUCCACCCCAAGCGACACAUUUGAUCUGCUCAAAAUAAAAAAAGGAGUCUACGAAAAACCGCUAAUCAAAUUAAAGGUAGAGUACGAAGACAUAAGCAUUAUAAACACGCAGCUGUUCGGCUCGACUUUCGCCAGCCGGGUUGCAAACCCAUCCGAGUUCCUCACGUUUUACAGAAAAAAGGGGAAAGCAAGUGGAGGGGCCAGGGGGGCACCCACCACCGGGGGGGUUGAAUCUACAAACGUGGACCACAUGCACCACGUGCACCACAUGGACGGCAUGCACCACAAGGAUAUCCUCAACAUGGGAAACAUAAACGAGUACAACAAAGUUUUUGAAAUCCUCUUCAAUUAUUGCCAACUGAAAGAGGAGCUGUCCAUCCUAAAGGAAAAGACCAUCAAAGAAACGAUUCUUAACUUCAUGAGCAACUCCAACUCUUCUUUCAAUUCUGACUCGACUGGUACGUCUGACUACGGCAGCCUCAUCUCCAUGGUCGACCACUGGGCGCGUAGCAAGGUGGAGCUCCUCGAGGGCAGCCUUCGCGACGUCCCUGUGGAGAGCCUCACGGAGGAGUACCUCUCGGAGGUGGUUAGGAGCCUUCCCGGGGGUGACUAA